CGCAUCCUACAUGGGCCGAUGGGGCCCCAACCCGGUUUCCACGGGUUCCAUGCUGGCCCUCGUGUGCAAGCGCUUCCUACUCCGGCGCCGCUUCCUGGCGCAGUGCCAAGCUUGAAGCUUGGUGCGCCAGGGAGUGUUCACUUUGGAGGUCCCUUGGCAAGUGCAGGGGGGUGCCGCAGUACCCAGCCGUUCCAGUGGCAGAUGGGCCAGACGGGAGCAUGCUGUCCUUAUUGCGGAAACAUCUAUGCAGCGGACUCUCGCUUCUGCCGCAAGUGUGGUCGUCCUCGGCAGGCCCAUGGGGAAGUUCAGCGGCAAUCUUCCGCGCCCAACUUCCUCCAGGUGCCGGGCAGCUUUACGCCCGUGUCGCCGAUGUCUGCUUCCGGAAUUUCAGCCUCGACGUGCUCCAGGAGGGAGGUGGUGCGACAAGCAUCUGCUCCUUCUUCCAUGCUUCCCAUGCCAGCUGUACCACAGGUAAGGGAGAUCGUUGAGGUCACCUCUGCAGCAUCGACCACCCUUGCAGAGGACUCUGGCCGGGAUUCCCUGAGGCAAAUGCAGUUGGUGAUCCGAGAGAAACCCGAGAUCCAAUCUGUGGAGAAGGUCGUGGAGGUCCCUUGCGUGUCAGUGUCGGACAGCACGGUUGAGGUGCCUGUAUCUUUGGUGCACGAGAAGGUUGUGGAGGUGCCCGAAGUUCAAAAAGUGGAGGUUGUAAAGCAGGUUCCGAAGGUCCAGUACGAAGAGCGGUUCCUACAGGUUGAGAAGCUGGUGACGGAGGGCCAAACUCAGGUGGUUGAGGUCCCCGCUGAAAUCCUGCAGGAGCGACUGGUCGAGGUGGCGCAGCCCCAGGCUGUGGAUGUUGUGCGAGAGGUGGCCAAAAUCCAGACGAAAACCCUUGCAAAGCAAUUUGCAAAGCCCGUCGUGCAAUGGAAAGAGAGUAUCCGAGAGGUGCCGCAGACCACCAUCCGGGAGCAAAUCCAGGAGGUGCCGGAGGCCAGGGUUGUGGAAGUCCUACGGGAGGUCCAAAAAGCCGUGCCAGAGAUCCGGCAAGUUGAUAAGCCUGUGGAGAUUCCAGCGAUCCAGCUGAGGGAAAGGAUAGUUGAGGUGCCCAGCAUCGAGAUCCACGAGACAGCUAAGGAGGUGGCCAAAGUUGAAGUGCGCGAAGUCCUACGACAGGUUCCCAAAGUGGAGGUGCAAUUUGUGGAGAAGAGGGUCCCUAAAGCUGUGUUCCAAUAUGUUGAGAAGACCAUUGAAGUGCCGCAAGUGGUCUACGAAGAGCGGAUUGUCGAAGUUCCGGAGAUCGAAGUGAAGGAGCUCAUUCGACAAGUGCCUGUGCCUGUGGUUCAAUACGUGGACAAGCAUGUGCCAAAGUGCACCCUGCGGGCGGUUGAGAAGGUGCUCCAAGUUCCUGAGGUCUUGCAUCAGGAGCGGGUCGUGGAAAUACCGCAGGCCGUGGCGGUUGACGUGGAAGUCCGAGUGCCUAAGGUCAGCUACACCGAAAUUGCCAAGGAGUUCCCCAUAGUCUCCCUGGAGGCGCGUGAGAAGGCUGUGGAGGUGCCUCUGGUGCUCCGAGAGGAGCGGCUGGUAGAGGUGCCAACGGUCCAAACCGUUCCUCUGGUCAGACAGACGCUGCUCCCGACGACGAAGGCAGUGGAGAAGCCUGUAGCCUGCAUGGACUUGUGCGUCGAGGAGCACACGCGCCAGGUGCCCUUGGUCCUCAUGGAGGAGUCGGUCUCAGAGCUGCCACAGCAACAGUUGGUCGAGGUAACGCGACAGGAGCUGCAACCUGUCGUGGAAGAGGUGGUCAAAGAGGUGCCGAGAUAUCGGGUGGAGUACGUCGAGAAGGUUGUGGAGGUGCAGAGCCAGGUGCUUCAGGAAGGAGCUUCUGUCGAAGCUCCCAAGGGACGAGCGGUCGCUGUGUCCACCAUCGCUGCAUUGAAAGCUGCCGCCAGCUCGCCAACGCGGCUUGCGAAGCAGGAUGCUCUUUGUCCCGCUUGCGGGCGCGCGCGUGUGGAUGGGUCCCGGUUCUGCCAUGCUUGUGGACACCGUUACGAUGCCCCGAUCGGGUCGUGA